GCGAAACAUUGUCUUGAUCUUAAAGGACGGGUAACCACGGAAGAGACUUUCUUCGUAACAGUACGCAUACAGACCAGAAAGAAAGACAGUUUGUAUAGAUUUGUUUAAUUUAUACUCUCUUAUCUGCUGUUUUCUAAUAAGACAGGACAUGAUUUGAAUCCCGUAUAUAACAUAACUCGGUCAUGUUCUUUUGCUAUUCUGUAUAGAGGUUGCCUUGUUAGUGGCUCUCAUCCUUGGUCUGUCUUACCUCUCACAUCCCCCAGACCUUACCAUUCUCCUGCACGCCUCUUGACAACAAGAAAGACAAUCAGCAGCAUAGUCAGCUGUUCAAAGCGAGGCGCCUGGCAGCGUUUUGGUUCAGCCGCUGCACGUCACUCGCCUCUUAGAUCUCUCCUGUACCACAAGCAGGAAGUAGCGGAGAAGAACUCAUGCUAUUCACUUGAUUGUUACCUCCGUAUUGAAAAGUUGCAAGUAUUAUUUCGGAGUGUGUGGUGGGUAUGAGUGAGUCCCGCCCCCACUCAUGCCCCACCAACUCCGCCCCGUCACAAGCCCCAGUAUGACCCGUGGGGCCUCGCUGCUCAAGUGGAGUUUUGUCUUCAUUAUUUUAACAGGAUGUGCUUCAAGCUCCCUGGAGGACACUAGGCCACAAGAUGAGACAAACAAGAGCUACAAGCCAGCCAGCAAUAACUUGACUGGCUCCUCUGAGCCAGCACCACGUCUCCCACCCACUCCAGAGAACUGCUCUGAUCACUCACAACUUGGCUCUGUGGUUUGCCCAGAAAAUCAGCAGUGUCAUGAACUGAGCAAAGAAUGUUUGAAAUGUGACUUCAACUGCACCUGUGUCUAUGGCCAGGAAGUGAAUGUCACCUGCAGACCAAGAGUUAGCUGCAAAGGUAAACAGGAAAUAACAGUGCCAAUGAUAUGCCGGUAUUGCUACCAGACAUCACACUGGGAACACACUUGUCUUGGAAACAACCAGUGCCGUGCUGUUCACUCUCCCAGAGAAACAUUUACAUCUAACUGCACAGUAAAUAGUGAUGUUCUGUGCCUUGGCAAUCGGGUGUUUCGUAAAAAGCUGUAUUGCAAUUGGACUUCAGGGUAUAAAUGGUCCACAGCUUUGCUGCUGUCUAUCACUCUUGGAGGAUUUGGAGCUGACAGAUUUUACCUGGGCCAUUGGCAAGAAGGAAUUGGUAAGUUAUUCAGCUUUGGUGGUCUUGGAGUGUGGACAAUCAUUGAUGUUAUUCUCAUAGCUAUUCGCUACUUGGGACCUGCUGAUCAUUCAUUAUAUAUAUGAAUGAAAUAUAUAUAUUAAGGUAAAGUGAUAGAAUGAUGUUUGUAUUUAUAGAUCUUCAAGAAAUGUCCACAGCUUCCUAAAAAAAUUUAGUUCCAGAAGCCAAUUUAGUGCUGUUCAGUCUGAAAGUAGUGUUGUACAGUUUCAUAAGAUUCCAGUUAUACUUAUAUGGUCAUUUAAGUUAUUAUCAAUGAUAUCUCAGGUGGCUUUAAAAAUUCAUCUUAAUCCUAACAUGUGUCAGAUAGAUAUGUCUACAUAUGUUGUAAAUUCAAAAGUAUCAAAGUUGUGCAAUCUUCUUUACUUCUGUUGUCUUUGUUGUUUUUAUGCUAAAUUUUUAUGAACGAAAUUCAGUGAUAUAAUGUUUUUAGAUAUAACAAUUUCCAAUAUUGUUUUAUAUCAUAAACUCUGGUUCAGUACUAGACCAUAGUCACUUAAUACUGAACAAAUUGUUGUUUGAACAUUUAUGUUGGUAGGACAGCAAAUAAAACUACUGUAUUUUAAGAAUGCAGUAUUCUUAUGAAUAGACAUAAAAUUUUGGCAAUUUAUGCCCACAACAGUGUGGUUCAUGCAUUAGCCUCAUUAUACAUGCAAAUUUUUGUUUGUAUUUGGAAAUACAAACUUGCAUAAUGCAAAAAAAAAAAAAAGAAAAAAAAGAAAAUCCACAGAACUGAGUUAUAUUUUUAUAUGUAUGAGGGACUCUGGCCUAGGGUAUCAAAAAAUUGUAAAAAGUAAAGAGACCUUCUGAAUGUGCCAGUUCCUUUAUAUAGUACAGAUGCUCCCCAACUUAUGUAUGAGUUAGAUUCCAAACAACCAUUUGUAAGUCCUUAUUUUAUAAAAAAAAUUGGGUGCAUAUGUCUAGGUAAUAUAAUAAGAUUGUGUGAAAACUAUACUGUACAGUGAUAAAGAUACUAUAUACAUCAUAAUAAAACAAUUUAGUUCAUAAA